AGCUGGAGUGAGCGCCUUCAGCAUCUGGAUGGCAAUCCCGCAGCCCAUCUGCUGAACGGGCAUCCGUGAAGAGGAUGGCAUGGCAUGGCAAGAAAGCUCAUUCCCCAAGAAGAUGGAACUGAACUGAAUUCAAGUAGUCCUUAGAAGAACUCAUUGCAUCCUGAGCUCAGCUCCAUCAUGGCAGCAGGUGUUGCAGCAUGGCUGCCCUUUGCCAGAGCAGCUGCAAUAGGAUGGAUGCCAGUAGCCAACUGUCCUAUGCCACUGGCCCCAACAGAUAAAAAUAAGCGGCAGGAUGAGCUGAUUAUUCUUAAUGUAAGUGGCAGGCGCUUCCAGACAUGGAGGACUACAUUGGAGAGGUACCCUGACACUCUGCUUGGCAGCACCGAGAAAGAAUUCUUCUUCAAUGAAGACACAAAGGAAUACUUUUUUGACCGGGACCCUGAAGUCUUUAGGAGUAUCUUAAAUUUUUACAGAACUGGAAAACUGCACUACCCAAGAUAUGAAUGCAUCUCAGCCUAUGAUGAGGAGCUUGCCUUUUAUGGGAUCCUACCUGAUAUCAUUGGGGACUGUUGCUAUGAAGAGUACAAAGAUAGGAAACGGGAGAAUGCUGAACGGUUGAUGGAUGACAGCGACUCGGAGAACAAACAGGAGUCCAUGCCAGCCCUGAGCUUCCGACAGACCAUGUGGCGAGCCUUUGAGAACCCCCAUACCAGCACCUUAGCCUUAGUCUUUUACUAUGUCACUGGCUUCUUUAUUGCAGUCUCUGUUAUCACCAAUGUAGUGGAGACUGUCCCUUGUGGAACAGUUCCCGGCAACAAGGAGCUGCCCUGUGGGGAGAGGUACGAAAUGGCUUUUUUCUGCUUGGACACAGCUUGUGUUAUGAUUUUUACAGUCGAGUAUCUUUUACGACUCUUUGCAGCCCCCAGUCGCUACAGGUUCAUCAGGAGUGUGAUGAGUAUCAUUGAUGUGGUGGCCAUUAUGCCCUACUACAUUGGCUUGGUGAUGACAGACAACGAAGAUGUCAGUGGAGCCUUUGUGACUCUGAGGGUGUUCAGGGUUUUCCGGAUUUUCAAGUUCUCCCGUCAUUCCCAAGGCUUACGAAUCUUGGGGUACACUCUGAAGAGCUGUGCAUCUGAACUUGGUUUUCUUCUCUUUUCCCUCACUAUGGCAAUCAUCAUCUUUGCUACUGUGAUGUUUUAUGCAGAGAAAGGAUCUUCAGCCAGCAAGUUCACCAGCAUCCCAGCUUCUUUUUGGUACACUAUUGUCACCAUGACAACCCUUGGUUAUGGAGACAUGGUGCCGAAGACAAUUGCUGGCAAGAUAUUUGGCUCUAUUUGUUCACUGAGCGGCGUGCUGGUCAUUGCUCUGCCUGUGCCAGUUAUCGUCUCCAACUUCAGCCGGAUUUACCAUCAGAAUCAAAGAGCCGACAAGAGAAAAGCUCAAAAGAAAGCCCGGCUAGCCAGAAUCCGUGUGGCCAAGACAGGCAGUUCCAAUGCCUACCUGCACAGUAAGCGCAAUGGUCUUCUGAAUGAAGCACUGGAACUGACGGGGUCUAUUGACGAUGAGCACAACAUCAGCAAAUCCACUUCUCUAAUAGAAAGUCAGCAUCACCACCUGCUGCACUGCCUGGAAAAAACAACUGGAUUGUCCUAUCUUGUGGAUGAUCCCCUGUUAUCUGUACGAACUUCCACCUUCAAGAACCACGAGUUCAUUGAUGAGCAGAUGUUUGAGCAGAACUGCAUGGAGCGCUCAAUGCAAAACUACCCAUCCUCUCGUAGCCCCUCACUUUCGAGCCACCAUGGCCUGACCACCUCCUGCUGUUCUCGCCGCAGCAAGAAGUCUACGCACCUCCCUAAUUCCAGCGUGCCAGCUACCCGGCUGCGAAGCAUGCAGGAGCUCAGCACCAUACACAUCCAGUGCAGUGAGCAGCCCUCACUCACAGCAAGCCGUUCCAGUCUAAAUAUGAAAUCGGAUGAUGGGCUGAGACCGAACUGCAAAGCCUCCCAAAUAACAACAGCAAUCAUCAGCAUCCCAGCUCCUCCGGUGCUCACAUCAGAAGGUGAAAGCAGGCCUGCCUCAUUCAGUCCCAGCCACGCCACGAACAUUAUCGCCGCGAGCAGCAACAUUGUCAAGGUUUCAGCUUUGUAAGGCUCUGUCAGUUCAUGGCGGCAGUCAGAAGGCCAGCGUUUCUCUCCCUUUUCCCACCUCCAUGUUCCUUCUUUGCUGCAAAUUGUGCCUAGAUGGAUGGAUGGACGGACAGUUAGACCAACCUGACCAACAUCUAAGAAUUCAUAGCGGGGGGAGGGGGCUGGUGAGGCAGCUUCCUUCAAACUCACGUUCAUGCUGCAUAGUGAGCUCAGAAGAAGCAGGAAGCUGGGUGCGUGGAGGGGAGUGGAUCUCUUUGUUGAUAAACAAGAAGAAAACUUGUUCCAGGAUAUGGAGCAUAGAAUAGUUUCCAGAAAGUGGAAAAAGAAGUCCUGUCAUAGCUACAAGGAAGUCAAUAAAGAAGCAGAAUUAUAACACUGUGUAUCUCAGCACCUUUGUAAAGGUUUUUAAUGGAUAAUAUUUAUUCAUAAGGAAAUGACUGAAAAAGGUGAUAAAAAUGGAUUUUGUGACUUUUUUUUCUUCAUGCAGCAGAAUCUUUAAUCAACCAAAAUGACACAUUUUCUUUCUUUUAUAGCUGAAGGUUUAGACAAAGAAGCCAUCAAUUACAGGAGUUUUGAUUUUCAUCCUUGUGUGUGUGUGUAUGUGUGCGUGUGUGAAAGCGAGCAAGAGAAUCACUAAACUGGCACACUGUAAUAACCAGAGAUCUGAGCACACGUUCUUCUUUCCUGGCUCAAUCCUGCAAAGACUUACUGUUUGCAUGGGCCACAACAUGCUUGAAGUAGCUACAGUAGAACUGACGAUUCUACUCACUGUGCAUCCUGUUCUGCAUGAGUGUGUCUUUGCAGGCUUUAGCCUCGAGUGCACAGUAGCAAACAGACACCUGCAUGCGAUCACACACACAAGCGCUGAUAAAACUUCUCAUUGUGGAUGGCAUCCUUUCUUAAGACAAGUUUUGUAAUUGCCUUUUAAUUCAACACAAAUUGCAGUUGCAAACAGUGUAUUUGUCUGCUAACUAUUGUCUGUGGGGGGUGGGGAAUCAUAUUCGUUGGGAAGAGAGUGAGACAGGCUUUAGUAGUCCACCACAGAUUUCUGCUUUUUGUACUUUUUCUUUUCCUGUUAACACUGGCUUGUAAAGAGUGUGACUAGAUUACCAGUCCUGUAUUUUUUAAAAGUGAGCAUAGGGAAAUUUUUAUUUUUAAAUCUUGUACACACCAGUUUCAUGGAGGGCAGAGUCAUUCAAUGCAACUGCGCCAGAUUUUCAUAAGGACUCUAUAAUCGAUGCCCAUGCUUUCUUUUUUUUCUCUCUCUGUUUUUUGUAUGUGUUUUUUUGGUAGUAAUGGCAGUGUCUCCCAUUGUAUAUAGUAGCCAGCUAGUCAGUGGAUCUGUCCUUGGUAGGAUUACUUCAGGAGCCAACCGUUUUGCAUGGACUGACACUGUGUCUCAUUUUGUAAUACAGUCCUGUGGCUCUUAGUGACAGCUUCUGGGUUGCAUCGGCUUGAUGGAUAUAUUUUUUAAAAAACACUAUUUGACUUCCCCUUGUCAAAGUAUCAGCUCCUGUCAAAGAGGAGGAUCGCUCCUAGGUUGUUGGGGUCUACUUUAUGUUAGAGUACCAUUUCGAAACAAUUUAGAAAACAGUUAAUAGAUGGCUGAAUAUAUGUUUCAGAAUAGCUCACCAGUUGUUAAAUAUUGUUAUACUGUUUAGAAAGGUUAGGACUGUGGGUUAUAACCAUCUAUGAUAUUUUAUAGUGAUGUUGUCAUAAUGUGUGUCCCGUGAGUGCAGCCCUCCGGGAUCUCCAUCAACGUCAACAGGGUUUACACUAAUACUAAGCUUGUUGACUUACCCUGAUUUUUUAAAAUGACUUUUACCCAACUGAUCAACCUUUUGAAAUUUAUUUAACCUUGAAUGUAUCUCGUGUCUUUCUUCCAAAUACAUUUUAAGUAGUCUACACCACAAUAUCUUUGGCAGCCUUCUUUUCACUUUGGAAAAUUGCUACAAGACUGAACACUGAAAUUUCUGAACUGGAAAUUGAGUAACAGGAGUUUUUGCAAACCCCAAAUCAUGUCCAGAAUGUAAGUGGUUACAUUUUUUAAAGUUCUGUUUUUGUUUGUUGCCAUGAAUUCUUUGCACAUUGUAUACUAGGGUGAAUUCGUGUAGGGUGCCAGUCGCACUAUCUGGACAUAGAUAGCUGUUGAAUAAACUCACCGUCCACUUGGGGCUGUGUUGUAAGAAAAGAUUUGUGGUAAUGGUGGACAUGCUGUGAAUUUGAGAACAACCCCUUAGUGUGUUUCUGGAGAAGCCACUAUUCUAGUGACAUGAGGCAGGCCUUAAGUGAUCCACAGCAUUAUUUCCAUUAAUUUUUUUAUUGUCAGGAUGUUGCCAAGGAACAAAUGAAGUACUGCUAAAGAAGGAAGUGCCUUUAAGUCUUUGCAGGGUAGUUUCUACCCUUUACUGAGUAACCACAACCAGUCCAGUAUCAGUAUUUAUAAACAGUGGUAGGAGAGCCUGACCCUCCUGAGCCACAGUCCAAUCCUACUGCAUCCAACUCUGCUGACCUUCCAGGGGAUAACUCCUCCAUUCUCUUACUGGCCCCUGUAGUGAAUUCUGGUACAUGGCUCUAAUGUGUCAGUGGUCCAUAGGUUACUAUAGAAAAGGGCCGUCUGGUUUCUGUUCUUCAGCAGAAGCACUGUUACACAGCACCACUGGUUGAAAAUGGAACAAGUACAGUUAGGUAAAUUAAGCAAGGAGACAUGUUGUGGCAUAUGAAGAAAUUUUAAGCACCAAACCAGCAAAAGCAACCCAACGUAUCCUGACAGAACUGGCCAUUCUGUUCAUCACUGAUAUGAUUCCCCAGUGAAACAUUGUCCCAAGGAGCCCAGUACAGAAUCUACAGGAUGCAUUGUGAAAAGGGUGAACAGACAUAACGGCCUUCUGUAAAAAGAGUUUUGGAAGGUAAGCCUAGUCAUGCAGAAGAUGUGAAAAAUUGUCUCACUGGAAACUCCUUCUGCACAACUCUUAAAAGGGACCCUGAUUUUGCUCUGCGUCUGCCAACCUAACUCUGAGUGUGCCUUCAUAUGGAGAACUACAUUCUUUUUUGUAUGGCUAGAAUGAGUCAAAACA